AUGAAGCAGAACGAUGACGAAACCGGAGAAACAUCAACCGAAGACUUUUGAAUUAUUAAUCAAGCGCGUCUUUGUCUCCAUAGCGCUUGUCGUCUGCUAUUCAACUGAAACGGAAGCUUCUUUAGAUGAAAUUUCCCCUUAUAUUAGUAACUAUGAGCUAGUGACGUAUGAUCAUGCGGCAUUACGUCAUGAUCAUUUGACUAAGCGGUCAACCAACCAACCAGUCAUUUUCCAGUUUGCAGCGUUUGGAAGGACAUUUACGCCUAUUAUGAACCCGAUGUCGGAUAUCUUCCAUUCGGACCUGAUAGUCGAAACCGGAAACUCAUGUUUGCCGUUCUCUUCGUAUACGUCGUACAACGGACAUAUUAAAGAGUGUGGAGGAAAGGUUCACGGUAUUAUCACAAAAGAGGGUAAUUUCGAGGGCCGAAUAAUUACAAACGAAGAUAUCUACCACAUUGAAAGGACAAGUCAUUACAAGCACAUAUCCGAUCCUACACCGUAUCACACGGUGGUGUACAGGCAAUCUGACGUCAUUUUUAAUAUCACCAAUGCGAAAUGCUCACAUGCGCGAAAGAUGAAGACAAGCUCAAUUGCUGGGAAAACGAAAUUCAGUGAUUCAGAUUCAAAACAGACGCACACCGAUUUCGGUUCUGAAAAAUGGAUGACAAGAAAUUAUCGGCGCUACAAACGAGGCGCCGAUCCCCUGAAAACCACAUGCGAACUUUAUAUGCAGGCUGACCACCUGUUGUACGAGAGAUAUGGAAGCGAUAUGGACACCGUCAUUGAGAAACUGAUAUUGCACGUGCAAGUCGUGAACGCUAUUUUUCAAACAAUAGAUUUUGAUGGCAGCGGAAGCCCGGAUAACGUGGGGUUUAUAAUCAAGAAAAUCAAGGUCUGGACGGAUCCAAAGGCGGAAGGAUACAAAUAUAGCGGCAACUAUGACGUGGACUACUUUCUGGACCUACAUUCUAAGGAUAAUUAUGACUCAUUCUGCUUGUCGUACUUAUUUACUUUUAGGGACUUUUCAGACGGUGUUUUGGGUCUCGCGUGGAUUGGAGACUUACAAGGGUCGGGUGGAGUGUGCGAGAAAUAUAAGACAUACCAAGGCAUAGGCAUGAGUCUCAACACCGGCAUUGUGACCACGCUGAACUACGGUUCGGACAUACCGCCGGCAGUCUCAUAUGUAACCUUCGCCCACGAAAUCGGCCACAACUUUGGAUCAGACCAUGACCCGGAUUCCAGUCCCAUCUGCGCUCCGGGAGAUCCAACCGGAAAUUACAUCAUGUAUUCGCACGCGACUCCAGGCACAAAGCCGAACAAUAAUAAAAUGUCUAGUUGCAGCAUAGAGUCGAUUGGUCCUAUUUUAGAAGCCAAAGCAUGGAGUGCGGUUGGAUGUUUUGUUCAGAACACGGGUCAGAUAUGUGGUAACCGUGUUGUCGAGGGGGACGAGGAGUGUGACUGCGGGUGGGGCGAGGAGUGCGUCGAGAGCUGCUGCAACCCCCAGGUAGAGAACCCAGGGCUGCCCGGGUUGGAGACCCCGUGCACACGGAAAUCAUCCGCCGUUUGCAGUCCCAGCGAGGGUGCGUGCUGCAAGAACGACUGCACGUACUCUGGCACGGAUCACUCGUGCAGGAAUGAAUCCGGCUGUCUGGACGAGGCUUUCUGCAAUGGAACGUCAUCAAUAUGCCCGUCUUCUGCGCACAAAGCGAACACAACUUCCUGUGGUGGCGAGGAUUCCUCUCUCGUGUGCUUCAACGGGGAAUGUUCAGGCUCAAUAUGCCUGGCCCACGGUAGAGAACCUUGCUACUGCCCGGCGUCAGACUGGAAGGAUGUUCAGCUAUGUCAGGUGUGCUGCAUGGACGAUGGUGUGUGCAAGUCCUCAUACGUGCUAGAUGACAUACCGGACGCCGCAGCCCUGCCAGGAACGCCGUGUAACGAUCUCAAAGGCUACUGCGACAUAUUCAGGAUAUGCAGAGAGGUUGAUCCGUCCGGCCCACUGAGCAUGCUCAGUCGAUUUCUCACUGGAGACGGGUUCUCAAAAGUGUUGGACUACCUGUCAAAGCAUUGGUAUAUCGGCCUUGCUGGUGGACUGGUACUCAUUAUAGUCAUCGUACUUAUGUUCAAAUUCUGCUCAAAAUCCCACAAACUGCUUGAUGACGAUGGCGAUAGGCCACCAAAGAGAAGGAUUUUAGCCUUUGCCCACAAUACGCCUCGACAAAUCAGUGCUCUCGGGAAUCGUAACAGAGUAACACCAACCGAUGUGAACAUGGUGGACACGUACAUGUGAUAGUACUCGUUUUGACACAUUUAUGGAAAGAGAAACAGUUUAUAUAUAAACAAAGUGAGGACCUCCACUUGCACCAGCAGAUCUCCUUUUUAAAUAGUAUAGUGAUAUAACAAUUAACUCACAAAUGGAAUGGUCAAUACAAAUAACAUUGAGGGUUAAAUCAUGUCAAAGAUAAGCAUAAUGAUAGUGAUUUAAAUGUACUAAAAAUUUCUUGUUAAACAUGAGUCUAAAUUAUGUUAUGAUAAAUAAGGGAAUACGUCUAAAAGAUGUAUGUCAGCUA